UUUCCACCACAUUUUUGACUUUGUUUCAAAUUCGAUCGUCGUAAUCGCGACGGUCGGUUCUCGUCACAGAACCGAUGAUGUUUCGUAUAGCUGACGUAAUAUACUCGCGAAAGGUGUCUACGAACGUUCGAAUACUUCCGUGAGCCAACGUAUUUCAAAGCCAUCGAAAUCGAAGGUUGUUAUUAAGAAGAAAAAAAUAAAUAGAAACCACGUAUCUUUCAGACACUUGCAUACAAACUCUAAAAGGAACGACCAAAUGGACACAGAGAUAUGCAUUUUCUUUUAUUGUUUAUUUGCUGAAAUUGCCAUCGAUAACCGCACUAUUAUACACGUACGCUGGCUAUAACUAUAAAUCUCGUUGGGCGAAACAGUAAAAAUUAAUACACGCAUUUCGUACGGAACGUAUAAUCGUUACUUUCCCUGGGUCGCGUAAUUAUACGAAUAAUUAUAAGCGGGAUACCGGGCACAUAGCAAUAAAAUGAUUUUAUUGAAAAUACGAUUAUCAGAUUUACAUACAUGUAGGAAAACGAACGCUACUCACGAACCAGACGUAACAGACGGCUGAAUUAACGAUGCCAUUUUUAUUUCUAUAAAUUCACACUUAAUGGGUGUGCCUUUUAACAGAAAAAAAAAAAAAGAAAAAAUAGAAGAAUAAACUGCUUGCAUGUACGCAUGAAUCUUCGAGUUACUUCGCCAGAUAAUCUCGAUCGGUAACGGGAAGCUACUAUCACGAGUACGAACCAUUGUAAAAACGAUUUGUCGCAGAAAAAGAGGCUGAUUUACGGUCGGACCGAGAUUCACGCUUAUGGAAAUGCAACGAAAAACGAGAGCGUCGGCCAAACAUCCUUCGAGCAGCUCGCCUAUAAAUAAGCCAAGGAUCCGUUUCAUGCGAAUAAUGACAAACGUGUGAUGUAAUGAUAUCGAUACGAACCAAGGUACCGUGUUGAUAUUCUGCUUUUAAAUCGCAGAGGAACGUGUUCGCAGAACGGUACGUGCGGUAAACUAUAUGGUGCGCGGUAUAGUUCGAGAUGCAACGACGAAGCGAAUGUUCUUUGAAUAGAAACGAAUAACGAUAUAUUAGAACACGUGCAUAGUCAACACGUAACAACGUAAAUUACAAAGAAUAAUACAGCCAAUUUCUUACUAUUAAGCUCGUAAUUUCUAAGCAACGAGUAACUUAUACGUGCAAAAGACGCUGUUUAACUCUUGUACGACUGGUGCGAUCAAAAGGAAAAGAAGGAAAAGGUUGUAGAGAUUGAAUGGAUGCUGACAAUAACUCAUAAUCAGUUGUCCUGAAACUUGACUCUUGGAACGGGGCGCCGCGUCGCCGGGUCGCCGCGUUCCAGCAAUUUCGCGUCUACAGAAUGAACGAUUCAAUCUGCACCGGUGAGAUCGCAAAUUCACGUCGUUACACGAGAAUUGUGUGCAUAACCUUUAAGGCUUAACUGCAGCUUACGUCGCGAAAUACGCAUAUUGCCUGAACGUAGGUAAGCAGAUAGCUGGGAGGAGUGUAACCGGCCACUAAGUGGGCGUACAGGCUCCCACGAAGCAAGCCAACAAAAGGGCCUCGCCCUUUUAGAAAUUCGACAAUCUUUCAUAGUCGUGUUCCAACCGCGUAUCGAUAGUUUGUUAACCUCUAGUGGCUCUCGCGAGCAACAAUGGAAUCGUGCUGAAGCGGAGACCCAUUUGUGGUCCCUGGCAUAUUGGAAUUUGCUACGUGUAGCUAGAAAACGAAGUACGGUAUUUAUGGGUAAAAUCGCACUCUGUUUCGACGUGGUAUUGUACAGCGUGGAAUUUCUUUUAUUCGAAGAAGAAUAUUUAACAGUAUGGAUUUCGGCACGAUGGUAUACUUGGCAGGAUGGAAGUUGGCUUAUUUUAUUUGUAAAUAUUUCGUCUCUGAUAAUAUAUUUACGAGGAUAUCAAAAUAAUUCCGAUAUCUCAGAGUCGAGAUUUAUUCAUUUUAUUUGUACAACGAAUAUCGGAUAGACGCUUAAAAAUAAAUACUCAGAUAAUUAUCGUAUUUUCUAUCGCACGUGGUAUGCGUACAAACGUGCAAUUCUAAUUUGGAAUUAGACGCAGAUACUUUUAUUUUGUAUGUAAUUUGACGAUUUGUAAGGCUAUCGAAUAAUAGUGUAUUAUGCAAAUAAAUUCAGAAUCGGUGUGGGCGGUAGAUGAUCUUUUCUCUGAAGCAAUAUCGUCGUAUGACACGAGGAUCGCAACGUAUUUCAUACAUAUUUUAAGAUUAGAACUGCCUUCUUGUAUCCGUAGAGUUAAGUCUAUAAUCUUUAAGCUGUCCAAGUAACGUUUGCAAUAUCAAAGCUAUUAAUCUGAACAAAGAAGUAUUGCAUAGAUUACAUGUAGGUAUACUGUAGACAAUUGAUUUAUGUGCAAUAAGUGAUGCAAUAAACUUGCGAAUUUCAGUUUUUUGUUAAACGAUACGCGAUUUAAGGAUAUUCUAAAUUAUACAAUUACCUGUUUGCGUAAGUAGUAAACUAUCGCUUCAAAGACAGCGGGCUGAAAUGAAAAAUGCUUAUACAUCGUAAGUGUUGAAUUCUAUCGAUGUUUUAUAUAUAUUGCACGAUGGGUUUAAUCGCGAGAUUACAGAUCGUAGGGAUACGGAAGAUGUGUGAAUUUCACGACAUGUCUUGCGCAUUCGUCCCCAGCGUGAUGUUAAACGUUUCAAGAAAUGCGGUAGAAAGAAAUUCUUUUAUUCCGAUUGCAUACCGAUCAAUCUUCUAAUCAAUUAUUUCGAAAGCAAAACGAGGACGUAAACGAUCAUUUUAGAAUCAACGAUUUUCCCCGAGUAUUUUUACGAUUACAAUUGCGAAGUAACAGGAAUGACGAUAGAUUUUUGGGGCAGAUUCAGUGAUAAGCGAACUCCUGAAUUCUGUAAUAAUUCUUUCUAAAUAAGUAGUUGCCAAAAAAUGUUGUUCCUUUCGCAGGUAAAUAUGAUAGGAAUAACCUAAAAAUGGAAAUUAUUCUUAUUCUUCGAUAGUUCGCUGAUAACGUUUGACCGUACCAGCUACAGAAAUAUGUAAUUUUAGCUAUUGCGUGUCGCACUGCUGCGGUGCAGUGAAGUACGAACUCGAGUAGAUAUUUGUAUAUUUAACGUUCAAGUACCUGUCGUAUUGUAUGAGCAAAGUUCGAUCGAAUUGUGUGAUUUUAUAAACGAUUUCAUGAUUUAAUAAAUUAAAAUAAAUCGAUUGAAAUUUCAUGAAAUCAACGAACUGUCAAAUAUUGUAUACGCGUGUGUGUGCAUAAAUAGAAAGAUAUCGUAAAAAGAGACCAUUACGCCAAAUGCCAAAGAAGAGAGCUUAACGACACUUGCGAGCUGGAACCUAUGAAUAGGUUCUUUCGAACAAGGUCGCCGAUAUGGCGCAAAGAUUUAACGGGAAAAUAUACGCGUGUCCGUAUGCAUUGAAAAAUUAUAUUCGUAUAAAUAAAUAUAAAAUGUUAUGCUCGUAUAAAAGAUCUAUAAACAGCGCCAGAUGGUAUUAAAUUAUAGAAAUGCAAGAAUAAAAGCAAAAAUUCGACGCGCACAGCUCGAAGGCCUUUUUUCCACUUGCGACUAGUCGCGCAACUUGCCAAAAGGAGCACGAGAAGGUAGUAAAGUUGACGAUGAGGGAACAAAGAUUUAUAAAAUUUGCAUCGGUGGAAUAUGACGGGCAACUGUAUAUGACGCCUCAAGAUUUCCUCGACAGUGUCGUCGAAUCUGAACCCAGACCAAGACUGAAGAGACGCGUGUUAACUGACAAGGAGCUGGAUGUGAUGAGAAACAGCGUCCCCUCGCUACGUCAUGGAAAUCCACAUAUGUUCAGAAACCUCCGGGACAAAGGAAUUAUAUCUUACACGGAGUAUCUCUUCCUCUUAUCGAUCCUAAUCAAACCUACGUCCGGUUUCCGAAUCGCGUUCAAUAUGUUCGAUACGGAUGGAAACGAACGUGUGGAUAAAACGGAAUUUCUCGUGAUUCGACGAUUGCUCGGCGGUAACCUGAAGGAUCGGCAUCUCGACGUUGAAACAAAACGUGCAUUGAAACGUAUAAUGCCACCGAGCGAAGAUUUCGUUUAUGAACCAAAACUUCGUAACACCCGAGAGAGCAAUGACAAAAAUCAGAUUGUCUCGAAUUCCUACAUGGAAAAAGUUUUCAGCCACGCUUGGAGAGGACGUCACGGUACCGAGUUCAAAAGAAACUUAGAUCUUCCGAAAGAGAGGCAAACGACUCUUGAAGCAAUUCAAGUUCAAUAUAUCGACGAUGAUCAAGGCUUGCAACGACGACAUCCAAUCGAUACCACUCUGAUGGUACACUUCUUUGGGAAAGAUGGAACCAACGAGCUGAAAUACGAAAAUUUCAAAUGUUUCAUGGAAAACCUGCAGCAAGAAGUUCUAGAGCUCGAAUUUCACGAAUUCAGUAAAGGCCGUGACGCUAUCUCCGAGAUAGAUUUUGCGAAAAUUUUGCUACGAUAUACGCAUCUCGAUGCCGACGAAUACGAUAAAUAUGUGGAUAGACUAAUAUUAAACUCGCAUCUUCAAAUCAGUAUUACAUUCGAGGAAUUUUGUCGUUUUUAUCAAUUUUUGAACAACCUCGACGACUUUUCAAUUGCUAUGCGAAUGUACACUCUGGCGGAUCACCCAAUAUCAAAAGACGAAUUCCAACGUGCUGUGAAAAUUUGUACAGGCAGUGUACUUAGCGAUCGUAUUAUCGACACUGUCUUUGCACUUUUUGACGAGGAUGGAGAUGGCCAGUUAUCCUACAAGGAAUUUAUAGCGAUAAUGAAAGAUCGCCUACACAGAGGUUUCAAGUCUCAACAACGUCAUAAGCGUUUGCAAGCAUUUACCUCGUGUGUAAAGCAAGAAAUGAAAUGCCGUUAAGCGACGUUAAGCAGAGGAAAUGAAUCUAAAAGCGAAUACAGAUACGAACCAUUCAAGAAUAUCAAGUGCCAUUGAAGUUUCACCGUUUUUUGAAAUUCUAGUUCCAUUUCGUUAAUACAAUACCACUGUGAUAAUUAUUUGCCAUUGACUGAAACAUAUUUAUAACUCUCUACUUCUCUCAGAUUAUGAAUCUCUACUUCUAUUUAGUCUUUACGUAUCUUAUUAUGUUUUUCUAUUCGUGUGAUUUAUUAUUUUGUCCUGACAGUCCUGACAUGUAACAUUUAUCUUUUAUCCUGACAGAUAACAUUUAUCAAAUUUCUUAAGUAUUAAUUUAGAUCUACUACUCUAUUGUAAAUGAAUAUUUAUCGAUUCUUAAACAGUGUACUUAUCUUUAAAUUAAAGACUCUUCGGUGCAAAAUCUUACGUACUUAAUAUGUGGAUUUAGAUGCACUGUUGAGUCAUUUUAUACGAAAUAAGCUACUAAAUUCAUUGAAAUCAUUAUAACCAUCUAUUUGUGUAUAAUAAAAUAGAAUGUAUCCUGUAAAUAACUAUAAUAAGCAACCACCGCUCAUUUUCUUAAUGUGCUAUAUUAUAUCUUUGCAAACUUCUGUGACUCUCAAUAAUUAAUGCUAAAAAAAUGUUGUUUCAACUAUGCUACUUGAUAACAGUUUCUCCAAAAUAUAAUGAUCAGAAAACUC